AUGCCUGGUAGAGCUGGGAGGACGCCAGCGGAGGAGCGAGGGUGUCCCAAGAGUUUGCAGCACGGUGUCUUAGUCAACGUUGUCUUUGUUUCCGUUGUAGGCGCGGCACGUCUCGCUCCCUCUACCUGGCCUGCGCGUCGGAAGGUGUCGGCCAAGGGGGGCCAAGCAGAAGAGGAGGUGCGAGAGAGACGAGGAGAAGGACGACACAGAGCGGCCGACAGGGAGAAGAGGCGACGGAGUGCGGCCGACAGGGAGCAGAGGCGGGCGACAGGGAGAAGAGGAGAGCGAGUGCGGCCGACAGGGAGAAGAGGAGAGCGAGUGCGGCCGACAGGGAGCAGAGGAGAGGGAGGAGAUCGAGUGCGGCCGACAGGGAGAAGAGGAGAGGGAGAAGAGGAGAGCGAGUGCGGCCGACCGGGAGAAGAGGAGAGGGAGGAGAUCGAGUGCGGCCGACAGGGAGAAGUGGAGAGCGAGUGCGGCCGACAGGGAGAAGAGGAGAGCGAGUGCGGCCGACCGGGAGAAGAGGAGAGGGAGGAGAUCGAGUGCGGCCGACAGGGAGAAGUGGAGAUCGAGUGCGGCCGACAGGGAGAAGAGGAGAGCGAGUGCGGGCGACAGGGAGAAGAGGAGAGCGAGUGCGGCCGACAGGGAGAAGAGGAGAGCGAGUGCGGCCGACAGGGAGAAGAGGCGACGAUGUGGAGGAGCAGAGGAGGACGGCGGCGUGCAUGGCCAACAGUUUGCUGGCGGCGAACCAUCAGCGUUGGAUGAGAAGGCGAGCUGGAGUAGGGUGCCUACGAGGUCGUGGACUUGUUCUGUGUAUGCCAAGAGGCUGUGGGUGGAAAUGCAUGUGGCUAAGAAAGUGUCGUGUGUAUCGGUCUAUGUGUCUAUGUUUUGGCAUGUCUAUGUAGAGACAUAUGUGGAGAUGUGUGUACCAAUGGAUGUAUGUCCCAAUAAAGACCUGAUCUUAUAUGUGUCUGCGUGUGAAAUGAUAGAGUGUGUUUGGAAUGAGAGAACGAGCCCAGGGUACAAGUGUCACGUUUUAUUGGCAAAUGGAGUGAACAGUUGUAUGUGGACAUCAAUAAAAGCAGGGGCAACUCCGCAGUGGAGUCAUGUUCCGG